GUAGUGCAGAAGAAGGGGAGCCCUAAGUUUGCCUAUUUUUUGUUUGGUUGUCUGUUUGUUUGUGUUUUGUUUUUCUCAACUUAUACACACAAAAUUGCGCGUAAACAACAAAGGACACCUCAUUCGGUGCCACUCUCUUACCUUGGAUAGCUCGCGUUGCCAUCGUUUCGGCACUAUACCCCUCACUGCGAGUUCUCUCACUCCCUUCCUCCCUCCAAGCCAGUGACAAACGACAACGGCGAAGAACGGCGAAGAACGGCGUGGAACGACGUUCCGGCAUCCUGGAACAACUCCUCCUGUCUGCGCACCUUGUCAACCGACCGUCGUUCAACGUCGUUCUGGCGAUCAUCAACCAUCCAUCAAAGCGCCAACGAUCAACUGCAUCGAUCGAACCCGAAGCCCCCCCAAAAAAAAAAAACAAACAAACAAGUGAGCGAGAAAGUGCGAAAAUUAGUUCCCCGGGUGCUCCAUUUCUCGUGCUUCUCAUUUUCUUUAUCUAUCACACACGCUCCAACACACACACGCAUCCACGUUGCUCUUCUGCGCAAUUGUUGCUCAACCUUCUCCAGCACGAGCUCGUUCUAUCAAUUCUUCCAUUCUUAAACCAUCCACAGCCCCUAUAGCGCCGCACCAGUGAUUAGAUAGAACACCGUCGUGGCUUCCUAUCUUUUGGAAUAAGAGAGUGCGAUAGUGUGAACAAACCGAACCCUUCUCACGUGCUCCUCGCUGUGUGUGUGUACGUGUGCGUGUGUGUGUGUGCGCGAGUUUGAGUGUGAUAAAAGCCAAAGAUCCCCGCGGUAGCAGCAGCAGUAGCACCAAAGAUACAAACAGGUACUAAAGGACGGAGGCAAUAGUGAGCCGAAUCGAAAAAAACGAGUAACGAGUAGCAACCAUAGAGAGAGGCCAUUGCGAGUGACAAAAUUGGGCCCAGAAUUUAGUGUGAGUGUGCGCGUGUGUGUGUGUGGAUCACGUGCGACGAGAUCUCGCGAUCCCGCGUCUUGUUGGAAAAAUUUCAAGCCGCGAGAGAGAGAAACAAUCGAAAGGAAACUCACGACCGACGCAACGCACGCACGAUCGGACACGGCAAUCGAUCGACAGGCGCCCCGCGACAGCCGCAAGCAAGAAACCAAGCUACCGGGGCGAAAACGAGGACACUAACGCCCCCCAAAAACACGUCCCCAGGUGCUCAAAUCGUCGGACCACGACGUGUCUCUGUGUGUAAGUGUGUGAGAUAAUGCAGGACAAGACUGUCACGAUUCGGCGCCUGCUGGUACUGGCGAUGGUAGCGCUGGUGGUGGUGGCAGUGGUGAUGGUGGACGGUCAGCAGUCAGCCGACCGCCGGCAUGUCGGUGCCAUCAUCUUCCCCGACGAGCUGAACGAUCGGUACGAGCGCGACAAACCGGCCAACGAUGGUGGUGGUGGCGGUGGCGGUGGUGGCAGUGUCGGGCUGGCCAAGGAGAAGCGCGAGCUGGCGCACACCGCCACCGACGGUGACUAUCUCGAUGAUAAUGCGGCGGACGAUGCUGAUGCUGCUCCGGAUGCCUACGACUACGACAUCGGGGUUGCCCGGGCCCGCUUCCUGUCGGAGCUAAAGUCGACGGCCGACCUGAUAGGUCAGCUCGAUCCGGACUCGAUCGAUGCCCGGAUCUUCAACGAUGCCGGUGGAGAGUACACCGGGCGCGAUAUGGGGGAGAAUCCGAAGCCGGCCUCGUGCGAACCGCAGCCGGAGCUGGUUAGUCUGCGGCCGGAAAAUCUCACCACCAGCCGGUACUACUACUUCCCGACCUGUACGCGCGUGAACCGGUGCAGCGGUUGCUGCAACACGAACCAGCUCGUCUGCGAGGCCGUCACCACCCGGAAGAUUCUCUACAAGGUAAUGAUCAUGGAGUACCGGCAGGGCAAGAAGGAUCGCUUCUCGCAUCUCGAGCUCGUACCGACCGAGGAGCACGUCAAGUGUAAGUGUCUGUGCCGGGUGCGCGAGUCGCACUGUAACGAGCUGCAGGUGUACAAUCCGAACAACUGCCGGUGCGAGUGCACCAACCGGGAGGAUCGGAACCGGUGCGUGCAGGAACGGCAGCUGAAGCAGUGGAACCCGGAUACGUGCCGGUGCGAGUGUUUGCCGCGCACCGAGGAGUGCACCAGCGGUUCCCACUACGAUCGGAGUGCCUGCAAGUGCUUACCGUCACAGCAGACGCAGCAGCAGCAGCAGACACCAUGGGCUGGCUGGGCCCGGAAUCGCACACUAGAAGACCGUAGGCGCCUGAUCGUGAAGCCGAUGCCGGUGACGAGCAACUAGGCGACUCGCCAGAUUGCUACACCGUUGAAAGGGAAACACGGAAUCAAUCGGAAUAAAUCCACUACAGACAUACAUUUGCUACAAAACUUGCUAUUUUUACCACAUCCUUUCCCAUCUGAAGCAGCUUUAACAAUGUAUGUGUUUUCUUUCGCUCCUGUUCAUGCUUUAACAUACUAAAAGGUGUCGAAAAAGCUGUCGAAACAUUAAAAAAAAAUGCAAUCCGAUUAGAAAAUGAACAUCAAUAGAUGAUACCCACGUGUGCUGUAGUUAUUGGCAUUCAUUGGUGAAGGUUGGGUGAUAAUUCAUAAGCGCGAAAGGAGAGCAAGCUGAAAUAAACUGGGCUUAGUCAUUAUUGUUCUAUUUA